AAACGAAAAAAAAACAGGAAAAAAAAAGAGAAAAACGCAAGAGUGAAAUGAGCUCUAAACAAUUUCGGGGGAAAAAAAAUUGUAUUCGCAGUUGCCACAGGCUGGAUCGCAAACCCCUUCUUCUUCCUUUCUCAGUUCUCCGAAUGCUAACAUCCCCGUCCAGCUAUUCUGCAUCCACCGAGUAUAACUACUGACGCCAUUUCCAGGAACUCAGAUCGGAAUUUGAUCUGCCAAUAGUGGAAAGGAAACAUCAUCAACAGCAACAGCAGCCAUGAGCGUCAUCGACCUCCUCACCAGAGUCGACUCCAUUUGCAAGAAGUACGACAAGUACGACGUCGACAGGCAGAAGGACGCCAACAUCUCCGGUGACGAUGCCUUCGCCAGGCUCUACGCCGUCGUCGACGCUGACAUCGAGGCUGCGCUUCAGAAAGCAGAACAAGCUUCGAAGGAGAAAGGUAAGGCAUCUGCUGUAGCGAUUAAUGCGGAGAUUCGUCGUACCAAGGCUAGAUUACUGGAAGAGGUCCCUAAACUGCAGAGGCUGGCUAUGAAAAAGGUAAAGGGGCUUUCAUCGCAAGAAUUUGCUGCCCGUAAUGAUCUAGUUCUUGCAUUGCCAGAGAGGAUACAAGCUAUCCCAGACGGGACCCCUGCAGCACCCAAGCAAACUGGUGGUUGGACAGCUUCUGCAUCACGUCCUGAAAUCAAAUUCGAUUCUGAUGGGCGAUUUGAUGAUGAGUACUUCCAACAAACUGAGGAAUCUAGCCGAUUUAGGCAGGAGUAUGAAAUGCGUAGAAUGAAACAGGAUCAAGGUUUGGAUGUGAUAGCAGAAGGAUUGGAUACCUUGAAAAACAUGGCGUCUGAUAUGAAUGAGGAACUGGAUAGACAAGUUCCUCUGAUGGAUGAGAUUGAUACUAAGGUGGACAAAGCAUCUUCUGACCUUAAGAAUACCAAUGUUAGACUUAAAGACACAGUGAUGCAGCUUCGUUCCAGUCGAAACUUCUGUAUUGAUAUUGUUUUGUUGAUUAUAAUUUUGGGGAUAGCUGCCUAUCUCUAUAACGUGCUAAAGAAGUGAUUCUGCAAACCAAGGAAAACGGAUUUAUUCGCAUGGGUUACCUGCUUUCAUGUAUUUUCUUGAGAAUAUCGUGUCUGAUUUGUUAUUAUUUUUUGUGAAUUCUUCGUGCCACUUGUGAAUUCUGUAUGCCGUUAUGCUAUAUGUGAAAUAGUUGCGGAUUGUUGUGUAUAAUUCUGGAAUCUGACAUUGUGCGUGGCUGGCUGAUUGGCCCUUGGUAUUUCCCCAACUUGUGACAA